AUGAAUAUCAUACAGUAUUUAAAACCAAGUAUAGGUAUUUUGAAACCAAUCUUAUGCAGUCGCCAUCUCUCAAAUCGAAUCAAGUUAGCUUCUAAAAUGAAUUUGGCAGACCAAAACAAAAUGGCCAAGAGAAUCGUAUGGGUGGACCUUGAGAUGACUGGGCUGGACAUCAACCGUGACCAUAUCUUAGAAAUAGCUUGUGUGGUGACUGAUGCAAACUUAAAUUUAGUUGCCAAAGGCCCUAAUUUAGUUAUACAUCAACCUGAAGACAUUCUUAAGAAUAUGAAUGAAUGGUGUAUAGCUCAACAUGGUGAGAGCGGAUUGACGGAGGCUAGCCGCAAAUCGAACAUCACAUUGAAAGAUGCUGAAUAUCAAGUAUUAGAAUUUGUGAAGUCACAUGCACCUGAAAAAAAGUGUCCAUUGGGCGGUAACAGUGUAUACAUGGAUCGUUUGUUUAUAAUGAAGUAUAUGCCAUCAUUAAAUGAAUAUUUACACUACAGAGUUAUAGAUGUCAGCACUAUUAAGGAGCUUGCAAGACGAUGGCAUCAGAAGGAGUUCUCAAGUAUGCCUGAGAAGAAAUUUAAGCAUAGGUCCAUAGAUGAUAUCCUUGAAAGUAUAGAGGAACUAAAAUAUUUCAAGGAAAAUAUAUUUAAAUCUGACGUAUAA